AUGCCCCGCGCUGACAAAAAAGUCCGAAUUCAAUGCGGCGUAGGAAGCUGCGGAAAAAAGCUCCUGAGAGGCUCAUUUGAUCGACAUUUCAAAGAAACGCACAAAGACUUGGACUACAAAAAGAGAAACGACUACAUCAAGUUUCAGCUUGAAAAGAUUCCACGCACUCUUAUUGGCUACCGAUCCGUAAAAUUGGACGAAAAAGAUUUCUUUAGCUCUAAAAUCAUGAAAUUGUUUAAAGUCCAGCUCCUGAUCGGCACUUUUCUCCUCUUCCUCUCUGCAAGAAUCGAUUCUGUUAUGGAAAACAAGCAGGUCGUUCCACUGGCGGUUUGUUUCUUCAUUCUCAACUUUCUCGUCGCCACCCAAGACAUCGUCGUAGACGGGUGGGCGCUGACCCUUCGUUCUCGCAAAAACGCCGGCGCUGCGGCGAACUGCAACGCUGCUGGACAAACACUAGGCGCUUUCUUCGGGUACGGAUUUUUCAUGGCUCUUUCUGACGCCGAUUUUGUUAACAAAUGCCUUCGCUCAGCGGAAAACAGCUCUCCUCUUCCUCUCGUCACGACUGCCGGUUACUUCGCGUUUUGGGGAGCCUGUUUUAUCAUUCUAACUGUGUUGAUUGCCGCGCUCAAGUCGGAAAAGGACGACGAGUCCUUGAAACCGCCACCUUUGAAAGAGACUUACAAGACGAUGCUGGCCAUCUUUAAGCUCCACUCAGUUAGAACGCUCAUUCUGCUGUGGUUCACUUGCAAAUCGGCUCGGCGGUAG